AUGCAUCGCCCACUCGCAUACCAAGGACAGGACGAUAUUGAUUGAAGCUGAAAGGGCAAUGAGCCGCAAGGGAAGUAGCGCCUCUGGGAUCAUGACUGGCAAGCCUUCCUGGGCUCAGCGAACCGUCACCGUUACGGCGCCGUCUCGGGGAUGCCAUCUCAUCACAAGCGAGAUCGUUCGGCAGAUGCCCGAGCUCAGGGAGUUUAAAGUUGGCAUGGCCAACAUUUUUCUCAAGCACACGUCCGCCUCCAUCACACUCAACGAGAAUGCAGACCCUGACGUGAGGACGGACAUGGAAGCAGCACUCAACGAGAUUGUUCCGGUAAAGUGGCAUCGCGAGAUGUUCACCCACGUUCUGGAGGGGCCGGAUGACAUGACGGGACACGUCAAGAGUUCUUUGGUCGGCGCAUCGAUAGACAUCCCCGUGACUAACGGCAAGCUCGCGCUGGGGACCUGGCAAGGCGUGUACCUCUGCGAGCACAGGGACAGUGGCGGCUUCGGGGGUGGACACGCCCGGAAUAUUGUCGUCACGGUACAGGGCCUUACCAACGAUAGCUGACGCCAAACACUCAGCGGGUCGCGACGAACCAAUCAGAUCAGACUGCUUUCGAUGUGCGAUUUGAGUGGUUCCCAUGUAGUCUCACCACAGAAAGCAGGGCCUCACCAACGAUGGCCGACGCCAUAACAUUCAGCACGGGCGUGACCAUCCAAUCAGAUUUGCGCUUGAUGUGUAAAGCAGCAUGGUUCCCGUGUAGUCUCACCACAGACAGCUGUGUUUUUAUUCUUGGCAGUUGGGGUUUUGCUUGUAUUGCGGAGUUUGUGUACGCGUAAGUCGGCGCUAGUUGCGGCCGGAAAUGGUACCAACUUGCACGUUGCAAUGCCGCCCUCGACGCCGUCCCUAUCGUUGAUUUGUAUUGACACGAAGCACCAAAUGACUUCUUCUGUAAUUCUUGGUUCCUAUGCGGAAUCGGUCUGAGGUUAUGGCAUAAAAAUACAUGUAUGCACUUCGGAGGGGAUCAAAUCUGUUGUGUGCCCCCGGAUGGAAGCUCCUCAAUUGAGAGGCCAAAAACCGUACACGGUGGGCAGGAAACCUGGAGCGAUGACCGUGACUCCCUCUCCCAUUCGGGUAUUGGCAUUGUAUCGCCACGUGCAGUUAUUUUUCUCUGUCUACUCGCGCACGAGAGGACACUUUCGUCGCGACAUACUGGAUAACCGGUCGCCCCGGU